CACGUCUUAGCCAAUAAAAACUUUUUGGAAUAAGUGGUCCUCUUUAAACUGUAAUUUAAUAUUUAUUGAUUUCGUCUAAUAAUAAAUGCUCUUGACCUUUUUUUUUAUUUUCCUGAUGCAACAAUGUUACAUCGGAAAUAGAUAAUAAUCAAAAACAAAAAAGAUAUAUUUAUAGAACUUAUAGACCGGAAAUAUAUAAUAAUCCGAAUAUCUUAUACAUACACAUUUUAUUUAGAUGUGUUUGAUUUGUUUGAUUAAAACAAAAUACGAUAAUGAUUUUCUCUGUAGAAAUAUGGGAACAUAUAUUUACAUACAUAGAUCCUGUAUCACUUACACAUUUGAAAAUAAUUUGUAAAUGUUGGAAGGAAAUUAUUGAUAAAAUGUUACAGGAAAGUACUUUAUGGUAUAAAUUAUGCAAAAAUAAAAUUCCUGAACAUUAUUGGACUAUUUUAUGUGAAACAUUAAAUCCAAAUAAAUUUCAUACUAAUUUUCAUGAAAAACAUGAUGCUAAAUUUUGGAUGGCUAUGUAUAAAUUGUGGAUUAAAUGCAAAAAUAUGAUAAAAUGUAAUACACAAAUUACAUGCAUUGAACCAGACUUAAAAAAUCAUCCUUUAGAAUAUAUUACUUGUAUAGAUACAUCAGAAAGUUUUUUAGCAGUAGGAACAUCUGAAGGAUUUAUUUAUUUUUAUAAUAUUUGCAAUUUAAAUGCAAAUGUAAAGUAUAUAAUUGAUCAUAUGGAGUACAUAAAAAGUAUACAAUUUUGCAGAGAUGAAACAAAUAUCAUUUGUAUAUCUUGUUCUAUAAAUAAUCAUGUAAACUUUUGGGAUAUGAAUACAUUGAAGAUAAUUAAUAAAACACAUGGAAAGUUAAUUUGCACAAGUUACAGUUAUUGCUAUACUGCUAUGCAUAACAUAAUAAGUAUUGAAGGAUCAAUACCAAAAACAAUAUUUCAAUUUGGUUCAGAUAGUAUAAUUACUAUGGGUGCAGAUAAUAAUAAAGUACUUUUUUAUACGGAAAGAGGAUAUUAUGUAAAUUUAAAACUAGAUGAAAAAAAUCUGGAAAAAAAAAAUUAUACUCUUACAUAUAUUCAGCCACCAAAUAUUAAAAUUCGUCAAUAUUAUACAUUUAAACCAAAUAUAAUUGCCUGUAUUACAGAAUAUGGAUAUUUGGGUUUUCUAAUAGAAGGAAAAGAAUGGAAAAUUCACAAUCUAUUUCCUAUUUUACAUGGUGAACCUACAGCAAUUUUAGUAUAUGGUCAUAUACUUAUUUUAGGAUUAAAUUCAGGAAAUGUACAUAUAUAUUAUAUAGACGAUUUUGAAGCAAUUAAUUUUGAUAUUCUUAAUUCAAAAAAGUUGAGUCUUGGUUCCACAGCUGUUAUUUCAUUAAAUAUAAUGGUCUGCAUUGAAGAAUAUUUAAUUAUUGGUUAUAGCAAUAAAAUUUAUAUUGUUAAUUUUGUUUGAUAUAUAAUUUAAUAUAAAAAUAUGAAAAAUAAUGUAA